AUGCUCAAGCCAAUCGGGAUCAAAGACAAAAUACAAAGGAACCUCCUGAAGGACUCCAAAUACGACGAUGAAAAAUCUGUGGUCAAUCCCCAUGAGGGAGAUAAGGCUAGCAUCCUGCAGGAGACCAGAGUCUUCUCCAGCUACCCCCUCAACACGCAAAAGUGCAUGCAAAUACUGACCAAAAUUUUGUACCUCAUAAAUAAGGGAGAAGAAAAACUAACACCACAAGAGUGUACAGAUAUUUUUUUUAACAUCACCAAAUUAUUUCAAUCCAACAAUGAAAGGCUACGAAGGAUGGUUUAUUUACUCAUUAAGAGUUUGCCUGUUAACGAGAAGGAAGUGUUUAUUGUGACAAGUUCGCUGACCAAGGAUAUGAAUUCAGCUAACGAUUGCUAUAGGGCCAAUGCCAUACGGGUCUUAAGUAAAAUUAUUGAUAAUUCCAUGGCUACUCAAAUUGAGCGUUACUUAAAAACAGCUAUAGUGGAUAAGAACUCCUUCGUUUCUUGUUCCUCCUUACUCUGUGGAUUGAAUCUCUAUUUGAAUGCAUCCUGCGACAUUGUAAAGAAAUGGAUUCAUGAAGUUAGUGAAUGUAUUAACAGCAAAAAUCCGAUGGUUCAGUUUCACGCCUUAACAUUGCUAUGUUCUAUUAAGUAUCAGGAUAAACUGGCGUUGGAAAAAAUCAUUUCGUCGUAUAGCAAAAGCUCGAGUAAUUUAUCUGGUUCCCUUGCCAACUGCCUUUUAAUAAAGUAUGCGUCCUACUUGAUUUACAGCACUGAGGUGGACAGCGAGUUGGGCAAUACGAACCAGCACCUUCCCCCCGGGGCCAAUUCCUCCCAAGGUUAUGCCCAGGCGAGUCGGUCUGCAGGACGAACGCACGACAUGUACAACAUACAAGAUUACGCGACAAAUAAAGGAAACUUCAUCCACCCGACAACCAAAGUCUGCUUCGAUUAUUUGAAGAACUGUCUCAAAAGUAAAGACCCCAUGAUUCUUUUUGAGUGUAUAAAAUGCAUAUUCGAGCUAGCCAUUCAUGAUAAAGGAGGAAGAAAUUCCACCACAGUAUUCAACGUAGAUGUACUGAAUGAGUGUAUGAAAGUAUGUCAAAUUUUCUUAUUAUCAUCCAAAAUAGUAGACAAAUUUAGUAUAAUAAGACAGAUAAAUAAACUGUCCCAUUAUAGACCCCAUGUCGCAUCGAAAAUUAAUCAAGAUAUAGAGAAUCUCCUAACAGAUAGCAAUAAAAGUAUCUGUGUUUUGGCAUUCACGACGUUACUCAAAACAGGAAAUGAAGCCAACAUAGAUCGAUUACUUAGUCAAAUAAAUAAUUACAUGACAGGAGAUAAUACUUUUUUUAAAAUUCAAAUUAUUGAAGAAUUAAAAAAUCUAUGCUUUAUCUAUCCAUCCAAAUGUAACCUUAUUCUUAGUUUCCUCUCAAACAAUUUAAGAGAUGAAGAAUCCUACAAAUUCAAAUCAAACACAAUAGAUGCCAUUAUUUUAAUUAUAAGUCAAAUACCAAACUCGGAAGAAACAGCUAUUCUUCAACUUUGUGAAUUUAUUGAAGAUUGUGAAUAUAAUUCUCUCCUCCUCAGAGUUAUCCGAUUUUUACUUGUACACAUCCCCAAAACGUCUACUCCAUCUAAGUAUAUAAGGUACAUAUAUAACAGAUUAAUUUUGGAAAAUUCAACAAUACGAGUCGAUGGGUUGUAUGCUCUAUUUCAUAUUGCUCUAAAAUGUGGUUCUAACUCGAAAGAUAUUUUAUUUCUUUUAAAUUGCCUUUUGGCUGAUAACGAUGAUGAAGUGAGAGAUCGUUCCAAUUUCUUGUAUCACAUAUUGAGAGAGAAGAUAAAAAAAAUGGAACCCCUCCAGGGGAAUCACUCCUCUGAGGACUUACCCUUCAUUGAUGAACUACUAACAAAUGAAUCACCUACCCAUUUGGAAAAUCUUCUUUAUUUAAUCCAAAAACAUUUAGAAGAUAAAGUAACGGAUGAAUUUGACUACAAUCAUGCAAAGGAAGAAAUACAAAAAAUGGGAGACAAUAUUUUUAAAGAUAUAUCACCUACUCCUUCAUCCCCACACUUGAAAAAGAAAAAUUCAACUGCAGAUCUGUAUGGUGGAUCUAUGAAUGGAAAAAAAUUACCUGAACAAAAUACUGAUUUGAUUUUAUCAGAACAUGUAGCUAAUUUUAUAGAGAAAUAUCAAAUGGGUACACUCAAAAUGGUAGGCAAGUCUGUACCACUAACAGAAAGUGAAGCUGAGUACACUGUCCAUGUGAAGAAAUAUAUUUACGAUAGAUACAUAUUACUGGAAUUUAUUGUGCAAAAUACCUUAACUGAACAAAUUUUAGCAGAUGUAAAUAUGCAAAUAAAUUCGUUUGAUAAAAAUUGGACCAUUUUGGAAAAAACAACCAUUCCUAAUUUAUAUUUUAACAACCCACAAAAUUUGUAUGUCCUGUUGGGAAGAAAUACACCCAUAGAGGAAACACCCAUAGAGGAAGCACCCAUAGUGGAAGCACCCACACGUGGAGAUUACCAAGUCAGUCAACACUUCCAACUAUCCCUUCACUUCCUCACCAAAGAGAACGAAAUGGAUGAUGGCUUCCCCGACUCCUACUCCAUUAACCCCUUGAGUAUACAAAUUACCGACUUUAUCUCCCCACGUAUUUUGCGACAUGGAGAAUUUAGACAUGUCUGGGAUAGUAUGGAAAAUUUGAACUCAGAAGCUGUGAGCAAAUUUAGUCUCAAUUUCGAAAAUAUUCAGCUAGCUGUCGUUGGGUUGUUAAACACUUUAAAUAUGAUGGCUUGUGAUCAGACGGACAGUGUGGAGGUCAACAGCAGCAACCAUAACAUGCUUCUCUCAGCUCGAUAUAUGAACGAGUCCCACGUUUUGUGCAAGGCUUCCCUCAUUCUUUCUCAGCAGUACGGCUGCUUGUUGAAGAUCGUGUGCCGCUCCCGCGAGAAGCAGCUCUCCGAGACGCUCCUCAAGGCGCUCGAGUAG